AUGGAGACAAUAUCCGACACUUGGAUUCGCAAUGCUUCGAUUGAGGAUUUGAAGGAGCGUUCUAACGGUUUCUUUGACGAGUUGAAAAAGCUCAUUGCCGAAUCAGCGAAAUGGCCCACGCUCUCUCACCACACCAGUAGCGAUGGCACCAAGACAACGGUACGACGUCGACCUCAAUGUGGCAACCCGUGGUUUCUACAACGAUCCAGCAUAGUGACCAGUGUCAGUUAUGCAGACUUGCGUAGUGUUCUUUUUACGCACCAUUCGUUGCAGGAGCCAAAAUACAUUGAGCUUAUGCAGGAUGCACGUGAACUAUGGGCUCUAUCUACUUCGGUCAUUGAGGAAGAUGCAAUAGGCGUAUAUCAGCUCAAUUAUAAAGCGACAUUGGCAUCAGGACGCGAGUUUGUGGAAAUGGUUGUUGUACGUGAAACCCAUGUUGAUGACGAACAGGAGGAGGAUCAAGAACAAGGAGAAAAUGAGGAUUACCAACAAAGACGACGUGCAUUUAUGAUUGUAUCGAAACCUGUAUCCGAUGUAACAGAACCUGUACGACCUGGAUUUGUACGAGGCAAAUACGAAGCAUGGGAGUAUGUGGAGGAAUUGGAGAAUGGGGCGGUGCAAUGGACAUGUAUUCAGCGCUCGGAGCCUGGUGGAUGGGUGCCAAAGUGCAUCGCUGACAGAGUUACUGCAAAGGCGUUACCACAAGAUGUAUCUUCAGUCAUCGAGUAUUGCAAACACAAGCAAAGAGAUCAAGUAGCUUAA